AUGGCUCGAGGCAGAGGUCGUGGCAAAUCCUCAGGUAAGAGUAAUCUUGCUAUUCGUGUAAGCAUGCCAACUAUUCCCAUGCCCACUAUAGUUUCUCCUCAACAAGGUGGUACCCCAUACAUUGUAACGUCAACUCAAAGUAUCAGUACAACCAUCUCUGAGGCACCUCCAGCUACACAAAAUCAGAAUAACCUAAUAGGUCAGGGUCUGUCUACUCAGAACAACCCAUCAGAUCAUACCAACACAGUUGCUGCUACACCAAAUCAGAGUAACGUAAUAGGUCAGGGUAUGUCUUCUCACAGUAACCCAAUAGAUCAUACCAACACAGUUGCUGCUACACCAAAUCAGAGUAACGUAAUAGGUCAGGGUAUGUCUUCUCACAGUAACCCAAUAGAUCAUACCAACACAGUUGCUGCUACACCAAAUCAGAGUAACGUAAUAGGUCAGGAUGGAUGCAACGUUUGGGGAAGUGAUGAGUGUAUUAAGAAGGCAGAAAUAAAUGCAAAGAAUCGUCGUGAUGGCCGUGAAGUUGUUGUUGGGACUCACACGGGCGGCUCUAUCUCAAUUGGAGAAUAUCGCAAGAAACCUGUUAUUGAAAAAGGUAGAGAUCCAACACCAAGUGAGUUACAUUUGCACGUUCACACACAUGGUCAUGAUGGAAAAUCAUUUGUUGGUGAACGUUCUCGAAUUGUCUAUGUGCAAGCAGCGAUUACUGAUCCCUCUGGCAACCCAUCACUUGUGACACCCAUAGUGUCUCCUACUACUAAUGUGGAUGAGGUUGAUCCCUCAAUUUCAAGUGACGAUCGUAUCCCUUAG